ACCCAUGGAGAUUACAGGUGAAUUAUGUAAUCACCGCAGGCACAGCAGAUGCUUUGGCUUGAAAGGGAGAUAUAGGAAGUGUCAGACAAGACGGUAACACAGACGUGGCUACUGGGAAGAAGACAGGCAAUGGUUCCGGCUGAGGGCUUAAAUCCAGCAAGUGGUGGGAUGUCCAACCGUGACUCGCUGGGCUUUGGGGAUCUGAUUCCCCAUGAUGUGGUUGAGAUCUUUGCCCAAGAGAAGCAUCAUAAAAAAGGGAGGAAAAAACGCAGUCACUCCCUGGGCCGGGCCUUGGGCUGGCUAAAGGGGAAGAAAAGGAAGGAUCUCGGCGCUAAUGGGCAGAACCCAGGUCUCGGUCCCGCACUGGACUUGGCUUUGGACGGACAUGCGGCUGCACAUCUCAGCGGGAACAAGGGAGGACACAAGUCAGGAAGACAGACCCAGACACAAGGAAACAGUCAUGCUGUGCUAAAUCUACAUGAUGAUAAGACCCCGCCUCCUCCGCUGCUCCAGGAGAACGUGUUCAUCGAGGCCAGCAGGCCCAAGUACCUUGAGGACCUUCACAGUGAGGCCUUGGAAGGCUUGAAAAUGAUGCAACAGGAAGAUAACAAUGUUGGAGUGGAGUUCCAAGAUAAUGAAAGCACAACUUCGACAAUGACAGCCCAGACAGAUGGGGAGGGUGAAGGGUUUACGACUGAUAGCACCAUUCCUGACACAUCCUCCGUUGCCUCUAUGCAAUCAUCUGUGUCUAGGAGAUCCUCCCGCUCUGGUCUCACCAGGCAAGGAUCAACGUUCAGGCCCUUAAACUCCGGGAAGCAGUCAGAAAAAGGCAGGACACGAAGACGACACAGGAAGACUGUGGGAGGCAUUCCUCGGCAUGUUCAGCGAGAGCUCGGUAUGGAGCUGAGCUUGUACAGAGUGGGCCGGACAGUGUCUUCAAAGUUAGAGGAGGAAGAGCAUUUGAGUGGCAAGAGUGACGGUGCGCAUCAAGGAGAAUCACAGCCCGGUGAAAAUGUCAUCCAGUCCAUCAGCGAGGACCAAGUGGAGCAGAUUCGUGCUGGUCAUAUGGAUGACCUGGCCUUGCUGCACCGACUGGGCCCAGACUUGACGGAUGGGCAGAGGCCUCGAUCCUUGGCCGUUCCCUCAAUGACCACUGCCAACAGCCUCCAGCAGGAGAUGCCCUCCCCAGUCAUCUCAAUGUCCCCCCAGGCGGCCUACAUGUCCAAAAUCAUUCCUAAUGCCGUGUUGCCACCAUCUAUUGAAGUGGUGGAGAUCAGCCGAGGCCAGAGUCGCAACAGCGUCCGGACUGUCAGCAAGAGCAGCCUGCUUCUGUCCAGCCCUUCCCCAUCCCGCAGCUCCUGUAGAACCACUUCCUCGAGAGGCUCCAAAGUCAGCUCAGCCUGCAACCACAACCCCUACAACCUGUCAGACACUUCCGGUUGGAGCCACUCUGAGUCCUCAGAGACUUUGGUGUCUGACUCUUCAACCAUCUCCAGCGGCAAUAUCUCUAGAAAGGAGGCCUCACAAGACUCCAUCAAAAUCACAGUCAAUGGCAAGCUCAUUAGCAAGGAACGUGGGGCUAAGAGGGAGGGGCCCUUUGUGCGCAGCCUCUCUGUUAUGAAACCCAAAAGGGCGCCGCCACCCCCAAGCCGCUCCUAUUCUCUGCACAAGAUGAAGCGGCGGUCACGAGAUUUAGCAGAGGUGGUGGUCAUUUCAAAGGAGCCAUCUCCUCAAAGUGGCUCAGCAUUAGGUUGGGGAACUGAUGAACCUGAAGCUUCUCCUGUUAGGACCAUAGAUAGCCCUGGCUACAACGGGGACAUGAGCUCUCUGGAUGACUCGACAGGCUCUGUGUUAUUUCGUAUGGCAAAAUCACCGCAGGCCAGUGACUUGGCCAAGGCGGGAAAGACAGUUUCUUCUACACAAGAAAAGUGGAAACCACCACAGGAAAAUAAAGUAAGCAAAAUAACCUCCCCAUCCAGCGGCUACUCAAGUCAAGAUUGCAUGUCUCCUCAGCUUGAACUUUGCAGCUCUUCACCAAAACGUAAAAGAGGAAUUCUAGCAAAGCUUCAGAGGUUAUUUCCUGGUGCCUCAUCGCCAUCCUCCCUCACACAUUUGGAAACGAAUGAAAACACAAUAUCCGUCAAGUCUCAACCAGUAAAAGUGGAUUGUGAAAGUGUCAGCCCCUCUGUAAGAACCUUGAGAAAGCUCUUUGACAUCCCUCCACACCCUAAAGUCCAUGCACCUCCAGCCCCUCCUCCAGAAGUUUGGGCUCACAACAAACGUACCUUUGAGUUGCUUCUGGGACCCCCAGCCCCGGACAAUGUCUAUGCCAUCAUAAAAAAGAAUCCAAAAGACAGGAGACAACAGAGGUCAUCUGCAUCUGUGUCGACAGAGGGCUCUGUGAAAAGUUUGGCUGGAGAAAGAAAACAGAAAAAUCUGACUACUAAAGUGGAAUCUACGAAUGGAAUGGCGCUAGGGACGCAGAAGGUUCAAGAAAGUGCACGUUUGAAUGUGAACGAGGUUUACAAAAUCAGUAACGAAAGACUCUCUCAGAAUGUAAAUUCAGAAGGAAAUGGCAAAGUGAAACAGAAUGAUCAGAAGGUAGGAGUAAGUGACAUAUUGAAUGGAAUGUUAGUGAAGUCUGUGGAGAAAAGGGAAGAAAGGCUGGCAGGGAUGAGGGACAGCAUGGGCAAAAGUACAGCCACACAAGCUUCAGAGGUAACGGCUAAAAUGGAUAUCAUACAUACACUUUCAUUAACACGUACAUCCCCGUCCCCUCCUCCUGCACACUUCCCCCCAGAGCCCCCUGGCAAACAGACCACGCAGGUAAACAAUUUAGCCUCCCCUGAUUCAUCCUGGCCCCCACCACCUCCGCCAAUAAUACAAAUGGUCAGUGUGCCCGAUGAGUUAGAUUUCCCCCUUCCACCUCCACCCUUAAUUAGUGAAGAAGGGUUAGUUGGAGCCCUUCCGACAUCGCCACCAAAUUCUGUGCCUGCUGCAGUAAAUAUCACAGAACGUCACUCCUAUAGCACAAGGCCAACAAUUAUUGUGACCGCGGAACCUGAACCACAGGAGUCCGUAACAUCACAUGAGGUUGGACCUCCGCCUCCCUUGAGUAUACCCGCUCCACCAGCCUAUGCAGCCCCCCCUCCACCAGUUAUUGUCAACAUUCCUAUGAGAAUGAAAGAAGUCAUUGCUUCUCCACUUAAAGAGGUCCCUCCUCCAAUAACUGAAAAGGUUUCUCCACCUCCCCCAGAAGUGGUUCCAGCUGUGCUAGCUAAAGAGUCUGCCCCCCCAGUGGUUCAAGUGCUCCCAUCUCUAAUUCCAAAAGAUAUCCCUCGACCUUUGGUCAAUUUUAAAGAAGAUCCCCCUCCUCAGGUUAGCCAGCCCGCCCUUGUGCCUCCAGAAACAGUCUCAGCUCUGUGUUCUGAAGAGGUUGUUCCUCCAUCUUCUCAAGAGAGUAAUUCACAGACACCGGAAGAAGAAACCCUUGCUUCCAAACUCUAUCCACCUCAAAGUAUUCCACCACCACCACCAAGUGAAUCUCUAAAAUUAGACUCAGAGGUCAUCCUUCAACAAGAGAGCAUCUCAUCUGAAUCUCAACGUAAGCAGAUUUCAUGUAAUGGUAUUCUUACUCUCCCUCAAAAUAUCCCACCUCCACCUCCCUUAGAACUUCUCGCUUCAACUGAGAUUGCACCCCCAAACACUGAUGGGUUCCAUAUUCAGAAGGUUCCCGUUUCACCACCGAGUGACGUUUCCAUCCCAUCAAAUUUUGACAUCCGUCCAUCAUCACAGUCUUCUCCACCUUUAAGCAUUCCUGUGCCACCACUUCUUCCUGCUGGGGGUCUUGCCAGUCUUUUGCACCAGACAAGUACUGCAAGCACAGAGAACGAAAGCCCUGAACCCUCCUCUGAAAAUGUUCAAGAGGAACCUGUGGUCACACCUUCCCUUCUGCAGAUGGUCAAGCUGCGGCCUGUUAAUAGCAGCCCCGAACCUCCUAUCGCUCAGGAGCAAGCUCAAGCUGAGGCCGUUUUGACAAUCCAGCAACCCAACAACCUGGUCCAAUCUCCCCAACCCAAUAAUGAGGCUCCACAGAAGCCCAUUAGAAGAUCUCUGAUCAUAUCCUCGCCUACGUCAACGUCUCCACCCGCCAUUGUCACCUCCCAACCAGCUCUACCCCAGGACCAGACUGUUGUUGUUGUUGUUCCACCUGCACCUUCACCCACAGCCCUUAGGUCUCCAGCAAUGAUCACCUCCCCCGCACCCUCCAUGAACCUACAGGAGGCCAUUCGCCUGCGGACAGCUGCCAGAUCAAACCACAGCUCUGCACUUCGCCUCAGCUUGCAUUCACCUACAUCACCAAAAGACCAUGGUCAGUCUCCAACCAAUACAGCAAGCUUUAUCUUCUCAAAGAACAACAAAAGGGUAGGGGUAGACACCAAGACACCCUCACAGAAAAACCAAGACAUUUCUACAAAGGUGAUCAAGGAGGUAGAGAUAAAGAAAGUCAAGAUGCCGCCACCUGUUGCAAAGAAACCCAAAACAAAGGCCAUAGAUGUGGAGAGCAGUGAUGGAAUGGAGCAGACUGCAGGACAGCCAGCACAGACAGAGAGCAUCAUGGAUGCAGCAGAGAAAUCAAACGGUGCAGAGACAGGUGAUGCUGGAGGAGGAGCAACAUGAGCCUUCACACUGAAGACAGGAUAGAUUUUAAUGCCAAGAUCUUGUAAGAGGGGGAAAAAAAAAAAAUCACUGAUGCAAAUGGUGUGGGUUGUUUUUUCAAGUGCACACGCAACAGUUAAAUAGAUACAAUAUGUUUUCCCCGCCACAUGAUGUUCUGAGCUUUACUGGUGCACGAGAUUGAAAUAUGCCACCGUUGACUGUACUACAUACGUAAGUCCUGCUGAAUCAGUGCUUGUCAGAAUUCAGGGCGCUCUUCUGUAAAUAUAGCCAAUAUCGGUGAGUUCUGUAAUUUACCAAAGACAUUCAAGAAAACAAAUCUUAAGUUAUUUUUGCUCUUCGAAGAAGGUCUCCAGAGCUCUUUGCGAAGUGGGAAUCUCUAAAAUAAUAUGAAUCAAGAGUUUAUGUUCUCUUCUUUCACAAGGUUAUCCUUUAAGGCUUACUGUAUUCAUGGCCCAUAAUGUAGUUCAGGGUCAGCUAAUAAUCACUGUAAAGUAAUAUUGAAAUUCUUUAUUUAGAACACAAUUUCUGUUGCUGUUAUGGCUCAAGUCGUGGGAUAAUUCUGCUUUGAAUCCCCCCCCCCUCCAAGAUUUUCAUACAUGUAAUAAAUCAGAAAAGGAAAAAAAUAAAAGAUUUAUGGACACAUUA